AUUCAAUGUUAACCAAUUCUUCACCAAGUUCAAGUUUCCAGUGCAGUGCUUUGAUAUCGCCUCGCUAACAAUGCCAGUCUUAACCCCCCUAAAGGGCUCGACCGAAGCGCCUGCAACUUACAAGCAGCCCUCGAGAAAAGGCAAGAAGGCAUGGAGGAAAAAUGUUGAUGUUACUGAGGUUGAGAAGGGUCUUGAGGAGUUGAACGAAGAAAUCAUCAAAGGAGGCGUUCUCGCUGAGCUACCUUCCGAAGAACUCUUCACUGUCGAUACAGUUGGUGAUCCAUCAUUACCGAAAAAAUUUCCCAAAUACACUUCGAAACCUCUAAAGGCCGAUGAAAUCAUUGCCGCGCGAUCAGUCGUACCAGGUCCUCCCCCUUCGCGCAAGCGCCCGGGCGAUAAAACUACCGAUGGUAUUAUCGUAGAAAAGCGACCGAGGAGGGAAUACGUUACACACAAAGAGCUUAACCGAUUGCGAAGAGUGGCAGAUGGUGUCCAUGAGUCUACAGUUGAAGUCGCAGAUGCAUCAUACGAUCCAUGGGGGGCGGUAGUCGAACCCGAAGCACGAACAUCUACAUCCAUAGAGGAUAAGAGGGAUGAUAAGAAGAAAGCACCAAGAUCUUUCGCACAAAAGCCGAUAUCACUAUUGGCAAGUGGAAAGGCCCCGAAGGCUGUACCAACACCUACUGGUGGAUACAGUUACAAUCCAGUCUUCACCGACUAUGAGGCCCGUUACACCGAAGAAUCUAAUAAGGCCGUGGAGGCUGAACGCAAGCGCCUAGAAGCCGAGGAGGCCGAGCGUCUCAAGCUAGAAGCUGCGGCCAGGUCAGCUGCCGAAGCAGAGGCUGCGGAAGCUCGGGCCGAACUAUCGGAGUGGGACGAAGAUUCAGAAUGGGAAGGCUUCCAGAGCGGCGGCGAGGAGCUUAAGGUUAGCGCGAAACGACCGGGACGCAAAUCCCAGGCGCAAAGAAACAGGAUCCAGAGACGGAAAGACGAAGAGCGCCGGCUCAAACACGAGGCGAAGACCAAAGUCCGGAAAGCUCAGUUAGAGGAAAUCAAACGAAUCGCAAAGGAGGUUUCCGAACGUGAACUCGAACAAAACAUAGCGCUUGCGAACCUUGAACAGAACGAGAGUAGCGCCACCGAAGAUGAUGAGGUUCUUCGCCGACGUCAACUGGGCAGACAGAAGCUACCAGAGAAAGAUCUAGAGCUUAUUUUACCAGAUGAGCUACAAGAUUCUUUACGCCUCUUGAAACCUGAAGGCAAUUUGUUAAAGGACCGCUACCGGAGCUUGUUGAUUAGAGGAAGAUUGGAGGCCCGAAAGAGGAUCACAUUUAGGAGGCAAAAGAAGACUAAGCUCACAGAGAAGUGGGCAUACAAGGACUUCAGCAUUUAAGGCUAGUAAAUAAUAGUUAAGAGACC